GAGAACCAGGAACGACAGAGAGAGAGAGAGCAGAGAGAGAAAGAGAAAGGGGUUGAGGGAGAAAGGAGAGAGGGAGGGGUGAGUAAGGAGGAGAGACAGCGGUCAGUUGCCCCAGGAGGACAGCGGAGAGCCUGAACCGGAACUGGAGCCCUAGCCCGAGCCGGACACAGGGAGGCGGCCGCCGGGGACCGUCAGCCCUGCAUAAUGCGUCUCCGGCUCUUCUGCAUCCUGCUCACCGCGGUCUCUGGAGCCCGAGGCUGGGGCUACUACGGCUGUGACGAGGAGCUGGUGGGACCCCUGUAUGCACGCUCGCUAGGUGCCUCCUCUUACUACGGGCUCUUCACAGCACCCCGCUUUGCCAGGUUGCAUGGCAUAAGUGGAUGGUCACCCCGAAUUGGGGACCCAAAUCCCUGGCUCCAGAUAGACUUAAUGAAGAAGCACCGGAUCCGGGCAGUGGCCACGCAGGGCUCUUUUAAUUCUUGGGACUGGGUCACACGUUACAUGCUGCUCUAUGGUGACCGUGUGGACAGCUGGACGCCGUUCUACCAGCGAGGGCACAACGCGACCUUCUUCGGGAACGUGAACGAGUCGGCGGUGGUGCGCCAUGACCUACACUACCACUUCACAGCGCGCUACAUCCGCAUCGUGCCCCUGGCCUGGAACCCACGUGGCAAGAUUGGCCUGAGGCUCGGCCUCUAUGGCUGCCCUUACAAGUCCGAUGUACUCUAUUUCGACGGGGAUGAUGCCAUCUCUUACCGCUUCCCGCGCGGGGUCAGCCAAAGCCUGUGGGACGUGUUCGCCUUCAGCUUCAAGACGGAGGAGAAGGAUGGGCUCCUGCUGCACACUGAGGGUGCCCAGGGUGACUACGUGACGCUUGAGCUGCAGGGGGCGCACCUGCUGCUGCACAUGAGCCUGGGUAGCAGCCCCAUCCAGCCAAGGCCUGGUCACACCACGGUGACUGCAGGUGGCGUCCUCAACGACCAGCACUGGCACCAUGUACGGGUGGACCGAUAUGGCCGAGACGCAAAUCUCACCCUGGAUGGCUACGUGCAGCGCUUCAUACUCAAUGGCGACUUCGAGAGGCUGAACCUGGACAAUGAGAUAUUCAUCGGCGGUCUGGUCGGUGCCGCGCAUAAGAACCUUGGGUAUCGGCAUAACUUCCGUGGCUGUAUAGAAAACGUCAUCUUCAACCGGGUCAACAUCGCGGACCUGGCCGUGCGGCGCCAUUCGCGGAUCACCUUCGAGGGUAAAGUGGCAUUCCGUUGCCUGGACCCGAUUCCGCACCCCAUCAACUUCGGAGGCCCUCACAACUUCGUGCAAGUGCCUGGUUUCCCGCGCCGAGGCCGCCUCGCGGUCUCCUUUCGCUUCCGCACAUGGGACCUCACCGGGCUGCUACUUUUCUCUCGCCUGGGGGACGGGCUGGGCCACGUGGAGCUGAUGCUUAGUGAAGGGCAGGUCAACGUGUCCAUCGCGCAGACCGGCCGCAAGAAGCUUCAGUUUGCUGCUGGGUUCCGCCUGAAUGACGGCUUUUGGCAUGAGGUGAAUUUUGUGGCACAGGAAAACCAUGCAGUCAUCAGCAUUGACGAUGUGGAGGGAGCAGAGGUCAGAGUCUCCUACCCACUGCUGAUCCGUACAGGGACUUCAUAUUUCUUUGGGGGUUGUCCCAAGCCAGCCAGUCGAUGGGGCUGCCACUCCAACCAAACUGCAUUCCAUGGCUGUAUGGAGCUUCUCAAGGUGGAUGGUCAACUGGUCAACCUGACUCUGGUGGAAUUCCGGCGGCUUGGACACUAUGCGGAGGUCCUAUUUGACACAUGUGGCAUCACUGAUAGGUGCAGCCCUAACAUGUGUGAGCAUGAUGGACGCUGCUACCAGUCUUGGGAUGACUUCAUCUGCUACUGUGAACUGACAGGCUAUAAAGGGGAGACCUGUCACCAACCUUUGUAUAAGGAAUCCUGUGAAGCUUAUCGGCUCAGUGGGAAAAUGUCUGGAAACUUCACCAUUGAUCCUGAUGGCAGUGGCCCCCUGAAGCCCUUUGUAGUGUACUGUGAUAUCCGAGAGAACCGAGCAUGGACAGUGGUACGGCACGACAGGCUGUGGACAACUCGGGUGACAGGUUCCAGCAUGGAACGGCCAUUCCUGGGGGCUGUCCAGUACUGGAAUGCAUCGUGGGAGGAAGUCAGUGCCCUGGCCAAUGCCUCCCAGCAUUGCGAACAAUGGAUUGAGUUCUCUUGCUACAAUUCCCGGCUGCUCAACACUGCAGGAGGUUACCCCUACAGCUUUUGGAUCGGCCGAAAUGAGGAGCAACACUUCUACUGGGGAGGCUCGCAGCCCGGGAUCCAGCGCUGUGCCUGUGGCCUGGACCGCAGCUGUGUGGACCCCGCCCUGCACUGCAACUGCGAUGCCGACCAGCCCCAGUGGAGAACCGACAAGGGACUGCUCACCUUUGUGGACCAUCUGCCUGUCACUCAGGUGGUGGUGGGGGAUACGAACCGCUCCACUUCGGAGGCCCAGUUCUUCCUGAGGCCUCUGCGCUGCUAUGGCGAUCGAAAUUCCUGGAACACCAUCUCCUUCCACACUGGGACCACACUACGCUUUCCGCCAAUCCGCGCCAACCACAGCCUUGACGUCUCCUUCUACUUCAGGACCUCGGCUCCCUCGGGGGUCUUCCUAGAGAAUAUGGGGGGCCCCUACUGCCAGUGGCGCCGACCUUACGUGCGGGUGGAACUCAACACAUCCAGGGAUGUGGUUUUUGCCUUCGAUGUGGGGAAUGGGGAUGAGAAUCUGACAGUCCACUCAGAUGACUUUGAGUUCAACGAUGACGAGUGGCACCUGGUCCGAGCUGAAAUCAACGUGAAGCAGGCCCGGCUCCGAGUGGACCACCGGCCCUGGGUGCUGCGGCCUAUGCCCCUGCAGACCUACAUCUGGCUGGAGUACGACCAGCCCCUCUUCGUUGGAUCUGCGGAGCUUAAGAGGCGCCCCUUUGUGGGUUGCUUGAGGGCCAUGCGUCUGAAUGGGGUGACUCUGAACCUGGAGGGCCGUGCCAAUGCCUCUGAGGGCACCUCACCCAACUGCACGGGCCACUGCGCCCACCCCCGGUUCCCCUGCUUCCAUGGAGGCCGCUGCGUGGAGCGCUACAGCUACUACACAUGUGACUGUGAUCUCACGGCUUUCGACGGGCCAUACUGCAACCACGACAUCGGCGGCUUCUUUGAGCCGGGCACCUGGAUGCGCUACAACCUGCAGUCGGCCCUGCGCUCCGCCGCCCGGGAGUUCUCGCACAUGCUCAGUCGGCCGGUGCCGGGCUACGAGCCCGGCUAUGUCCCCGGCUACGACACUCCCGGCUAUGUGCCUGGCUACCACGGCCCCGGGUACCGGCUGCCUGACUACCCCCGCCCUGGCCGGCCGGUGCCCGGGUACCGAGGGCCUGUCUACAACGUCACGGGAGAGGAGGUGUCCUUCAGCUUCAGCACCAGCUCCGCCCCCGCCGUCCUGCUCUACGUCAGCUCUUUCGUGCGGGACUACAUGGCGGUGCUCAUUAAGGAGGACGGAACCCUGCAACUGCGCUAUCAGCUGGGCACCAGUCCCUAUGUGUACCAGCUCACCACGCGACCAGUCACCGACGGCCAGCCGCACAGUGUCAACGUCACCCGGGUCUACCGCAACCUCUUCAUCCAGGUGGACUACUUCCCGCUGACAGAGCAGAAGUUCUCACUGUUGGUGGACAGCCAGCUGGACUCACCCAAGGCCUUGUAUCUAGGGCGCGUGAUGGAGACGGGAAUCAUUGACCCAGAGAUCCAGCGCUACAACACCCCAGGUUUCUCAGGCUGCCUGUCUGGGGUUCGAUUCAACAACGUGGCUCCCCUCAAGACCCACUUCCGAACACCCCGACCCAUGACCGCUGAGCUGGCUGAGGCCCUUCGAGUUCAGGGAGAACUGUCUGAAUCUAACUGCGGCGCUAUGCCACGUCUCUUCGCGGAGGUGCCACCUGAGCUGGAUCCCUGGUAUCUGCCCCCAGACUUCCCAUACUACCAUGAUGAUGGAUGGGUCGCCAUACUUUUAGGCUUUUUGGUGGCCUUCCUUCUGCUGGGGCUGGUGGGAAUGUUGGUGCUCUUCUACCUGCAAAAUCAUCGAUACAAGGGCUCCUACCACACCAAUGAGCCCAAGGCCACCCACGACUACCAUCCUGGCAGCAAAGCUCCUCUGCCUAGUUCAGGCCGUGCCCAGGCCCCCGCUCCUGCGCCAGCUCCCACCCCAACCCCAGCCCCAGCCCCNNNNCCAGCCCCAGCCCCAGCCUCAGCCCCUGCCCCCCGGGACCAGAACCUACCCCAGAUCCUGGAGGAGUCUAGAUCCGAAUGAAUCAGAGAAGGGCUUCAGAGACCAAGGCCAUCCCCUCUGAAUUGCCCAAGUCCUGCUUCUCCCCUACCCUAUCAGGGACAUUUGGCUCCUUUUACUGGCUCUGCUCAUCCUGAGGAUUCCCCUCCUGCCAAGUCUGGUAGCUACAGAUGGGACCAAAAAGAGUGGCCGAGCCUCACUGCCUAAACCAAUGCCCUGCUCGUCCCUGUCCCCAGGCUCCUGGCUGUUUGCCUGCCUCAAAGCCUCGUGGGGUUGAGACAGGCCCUUCCUGCCAUCUCUGUCCCAGCUGCUGCCGGGGAUUAACAACAGAGUGCAGGGAGAUUAACCGCCUCCCUUCCCAGAUACAGUAUCAGCAGGGACAGAGGGACUGCAGGGCUGCACAGGGCAUGGGGGGAGGAGGCUGCUAAAUCAAACCCCAGCCUUCCCCCUGCCCUGCAGAAUGUCUUCCAUCUGCUUCCACUGGUUGGGGGUUAGGGAGAGCUCCACUGCUGUCCCCCACCCCCACCUUUUUGUUUUCACACAGAGACCAAGAGGCCUCAGCUUAGCACCUUAGUACCUCCGCUGCUUCACAUGCUUUAGCCAAAGCCAUAAGAAAAUCUGCGAUGUAUGUAGAGAAAAUAACGCAGAUCUCCUGCCUCGCCGGCCGGCUUCCCUCCCACCCUUUCCAAGAUUCGCAAUGGCCUUGAUGCCUGUGCAUAGGCUUGGCCCCCUCUCCCGUGCAUGAGGAGCCCUCUUCCCUCUGCUCAGAGAUGCUGCUUCAGUUGCCCAGGAGGUCAUAUUCUUUAUAUAUAUUUUUUGUUGCCAAGUCUCUCUUUAGAGAAACUAUAUUAUUCUAAUUUUUUAAGUAUCCGUUUAUAUAUAAAAGAGAAAAUCAAUUGGCUGUUCUGUCCUGUGCUGUGCCCACAGUCUUAGUUUGCUUCUCCCGUGUUGGAAGUCUCACGAGUCCUACUGGUCACUCGCCCAGUCUGAGCCGGCCUCUGCUCCGAGCAGGGCUGAGCCCGCCGUGCUCUCGGACUCGGAGCUGUUCAAUAAAGCAGAGUGGCAGAGCCCA